AUGGCCCGUCGACCGAAACGGCUAUCUUCACCUGGUGCUUCAUCCUCUGUUCCAAGAACUCGCAGGUCGCGCCAUUCUCUCUUCUUUGCUGGCCUUCCUGACUAUGUUGAUUCGGGUGACUGUACGUGUGUUUGCGAAUUUUGUGGCGCCUAUUUCUGGUAUGUUGAAAGGGCGCUCAAACUUUCUACGCCUGCUCAUCCGAAGUAUUAUCAUUGUUGUCGGGAUGGUGAUGUCGUUCUUCCUUAUCCUUCGAGGUUUCAUCCUGAAUUUCUCGAUUUGUAUCAAAAUGCUACAUUUUUGAAAGACAUUAUCGCAUAUAAUAGCAUGUUCUCUAUGACUUCAUUUGGGGCGAAUAUAGAUAAGUCUGUCAAUGACAAUCGGGGCCCUUAUGUUUUCAAGAUAGGUCAAAUUUGUCAUAGGAUAGGAUCGUUGUCCCCGGAUCCUACAAAGGGCCCUAGAUUUCUGCAGCUUUAUCUUUUUGAUACAGAGAAUGAGGUUCAGAAUAGAUUGAGGGCUUUUGGAGGUCCGACGGGAACGGAUUUAGAUCCUAAUAUUGUGCAGUAUCUGGUUACAUUCUUAGGGGCUAACAACGAGUAUGUAAAAACGUUUAAAACAGCAAAGACCAUGGUUGAGGAAAAUAAUUUAGAAAAUUAUAGUGUACGGCUGUUUAACAACGUUGUUGAUCGUAGGUAUGAAUUCCCUUCCCCUGGAUCCUUGGGAUGUAUAGUAACUGGUGAUGACACUACCAGUAUGACAUAUGACAUUGUUGUAUUUUCGCAUUCGGGUCGGCCUCAACGCAUUAGUAAAUUGCAUCCCUCUUAUAUGCCUUUACAAUAUCCACUUUUGUUUCCUUACGGUGAGGAGGGGUGGUCACCCCGUUUGAAGAUGCGUAAUCAGAGGGGAGUAAGUGCAAAAAGUCUCACUGUCAAUAUGUAUUACGCGUACCAUAUACAUGCCCGACAUCAGAUUUGGUCUCCAAUUGUAAAUGCCACUAGGCUUUUCCAACAAUAUUUAGUUGAUGCAUAUACGUGUAUAGAGGAAGGCCGAUUGGAUUAUAUAACCAAACAUCAAUCAAACUUACGUUCCGAUUAUGUGAGUGGGCUUUAUGAUGCGCUAUCAAAGGGGGACCGGGAAGCACGUGUUGUUGGUAAGCGUGUCUUUUUGCCCGCAUCAUUCACUGGUGGUCCCCGGUUUAUGUAUAGCCAUUAUCAGGAUGCGCUUACGAUCUGUAGAGUUUAUGGCAAUCCACAAUAUUUUAUCACUUUCACAUGUAAUGUGAAGUGGCCAGAGAUUACCCGCUAUAUGGACACACAUUCACAGAGAGAUGUACACAGCAGAGCGGAUAUCAUAGCCAGAAUGUUCCAUGUGAAAGUCCAUGAGUUUAUCGAUUUCCUUAAGAAGGACAAAACCUUUGGCGAUGUUGAUGCAUAUUUAUAUACUAUCGAAUUCCAAAAAAGGGGUCUAGCGCACUGUCAUACUUUGCUGUGGGUAAAGGCAGCUGACCGAAUAAAAAACGCAUCGGAUGUCGACAUGUACAUAACAGCUGAGAUGCCAGAUCCAACAACAGAUCCGACACUAUAUCAGACAAUCACAAGCUGCAUGAUUCAUGGACCAUGUGGACCACUAAAUCCAAAAGCUCAGUGUAUGAAGGACGGUAAAUGUAGUAAAGGUUAUCCUAAACCUUUUCUUCAUGCUACAUUGUUCGAAACUGAAGGAUACGUUCGGUAUAAACGAAACCCAAAUUCACACCAUAUGACCCUAUCCGGACAGGUUAUAGAUAACGGAUACGUUGUUCCGUACAACAGAAGGCUUUCCUCACGAUUUCAGGCACACAUCAACGUCGAGUACUGCGGAUGGAAUAUGAUGAUUAAAUAUCUCUUUAAAUAUAUUUCUAAAGGGGCAGACCGCGUCAGAUAUGCAAUCCAAAAGGCAGAAUCGCCCCGCGCGUCCGCUUCCGUCACAGUGGAUAGCCAUCAUAACACACAUGGAGGUUCAGCGGUUACUCCUGUGAACGAGGUGCAGAAUUUUCUAGAUGGUCGCUAUAUCUGUCCCCACGAAGCAGCUUGGCGUAUCCUAAACUUUCACAUACAUCAUCGGUACCCGCCAGUUCAGAUCCUGUCUGUACAUGAGCAGAACAUGCAGCAAUUAUUAUUCAAGGAGGACAGCACAAUACCUCAAGUGCUGUCAAACCCAUUCAGCUCUGUCACCACACUUCUAGGCUGGUUUCGCAACAACAGGAGGGAUCCAAGUGGACAUGAACUUACAUAUCUAGAAUAUCCAAAGUCUUACAAAUGGGACAAGUCAUCUAAAUCCUGGGAGCCUAGAGUUGAUGACUCCUCAAAGGUGCUUGGCCGACUUGUCUUUGUUCAUCCAACAUCUGGCGAGUUAUUUUACCUACGAAUGCUACUCUGUCACCAAAAGGGUUGCACAUCUUUUAAAGACCUGCGGACCGUUUCUGGCACCAUUUAUCCUACGUAUAGGGCUGCAUGCAAUGCAUUAAAAUUGAUUGGUGAUGAUACGGAAUGGUUAUCUGCAUUCACAGAGGCAUCAAUAUGGGUGACCUCUGCACAACUUCGUUCCCUUUUCUGUCAACUAUUGCUUUUUUGCGAAGUUAGCAGUCCACAAUUGCUUUGGGAAUGCGCAUGCGAUAAGAUGAAAGAUGACUACCUAUAUUCCAUAAAAAGAGAAAUGCCAGAUAGGGGACUUAAUUCUGUUGCAGACAUAGUACAUCAACAACUGCUCAGCGAUCUCGAUCACACCUUACGCUCUUCCGUACCACCUAAGUCAAUGGCGGCAUUUGGUCUUCCAGUCCCUUCAAAUGAUAUACAUGGUAUUUUGUAG